UGUAAUUCAUUUGCUGAGAGUAAUAAAAUCAAAAAUUGAAAUCAAUUUUUCUUUCACAAACAAUGAUGAAAAAUUUCAAAACCAACUCUACAACAAAUGUACUCCUAAAUACUUGUACUAUCAUACUUCUAAAGGUUUUUCUCGGGUAAAGAGGUUCAAAUUGAAAAUCAUUUCUUGUCACAGUGGCUAUAUAUCAAAAAGUCAUUAUAAUCGUAUUUAUGUGAUUGUAUAGAUGACAUUUAGAUUUUGGAGCUUCACAUUUAGUUUUGCCAUAGGGCCCCAAGCCAGCUUAGAGCAGCCCUGGAGAGUAAACAAAAAACUAGCAAGAGAGUGUAUUGCUUUAUCUAAUUAUGGUAUUUCUCCAUAUAGUGGUGAUAUAUGCCAUCAGCCACCUUUGAUCAUAAAGUUGUUCAGCAGUUUUUCAAGUACAUAUGUACCUUAUUUAUUUAUUGCUGCAGAUCUUUUAACUGGGGUUGUUAUGUUCUUAGUAGGAAAAAAUUUUGUUAUAACUCAGCUAGUGAUGCAGGAAAAAGAUAAAAAGAGUUAUGCUAAGGAUGCAGCGGUAUUGAUCUUAAGCAAAGACCAGCUGAAAAAUACUGCACUUGUUGCUAUGGCUGUUUAUUUACUGCAUCCUUAUUCAAUAAUAACAUGUGCUGCCCAAUCAAGUUUAAUAGUGAACAAUUUACUCUGUGUAUUACUGCUACUUGCUCUUGUAAAAGGCUGGUCACUAAUUGGAAGUAUUUGUGCAGCGGUUCUUACAUACUUAUCAUUCUACCCAGUGAUUUUUCUGGCGCCUAUAGUUAUAAAUACUUUUAAUAUAUCUACAUACAAAAAGAUUUCAAUUUGCAAAUGUUUAUUUGGAUAUGUAAUUACUCUUGCUUGUUUGUUAAAAUGCUCUUUCAUGGUCUAUGGCACAUGGAACUUUAUAUAUUCUGUUUACAGUUUUAUGCUAAUGGUUAACGAUCUUACUCCAAAUAUGGGUUUGACUUGGUAUUUUUUCUCAGAAAUGUUUGAUCAUUUCAAGUUAUUUUUUCUGUGCGUAUAUCAAAUGAGUGUGUUUGUUUUUACGAUUCCAAUAGCAGUAAUUUUUAGAAAAUACCCAAUAUUGAUAUGCUAUAGUUUGUUUUCACUUGUGUCACUGUUUAAAUCAUACCCAAAUUUUGGUGAUUUAUCUGUACCUAUGGCAAUGCUGCCAUUUUGGUGUUACCUUUAUCGAUAUACUCGAAAUGUAUUAUUUAUUGGAACAAUUUUUAUUGUGGCAUCAGCACUUGCACCUUGUAUGUGGUAUCUAUGGAUAUACGCUGGAAGUGCCAAUGGAAAUUUCUUUUAUGCUAUCACUCUGCUCUAUGCUCUAGCUCAGAUAUUCUUACUUUCUGAUAUUUUAUAUGCAUUCUUAAGACGUGAAUAUCACUUACUACAUGGUAUGAAUCCAAAAACUAGUUCUGGUCAAGAAGGAAUUAUAGUUAUGAAGUAAUUCCAAAUAUGCUGUUUUUCAAUUUAAUUUAUUUUUUAGAGUCCAUGUAAAAUAGACAUGAUAUUCUAAUGUAUUUACAAGUA